GGAUGUUGCGAUGUGUGGAAAGUAUCGGGAUGGCAACAAUUCAUAGCAUCCUGUCUCCAUCUCUCCAUCUUUGUCAUUUCGCUGUCCGCCACCCGGUGAGUCUAAUAGGUUGAGGGCUGUUAAGGUGUGAAGAGGAUGUCUACUCUUGGCCUGGAUCUUAUCUACCUGUAGCUGCAGAUUGGAUUCCCUAUAUUUCAAAACACCAUAAAGAGAGGUCUUACCUUGUUUUUUCGUGUCUUCCUUCACAAUGCUGUCAUCUACCCGCCCAUCUGUGCCCCCCCGGCCCCACAGGUCUAUCAACUGCAAACAGAUCAGUACAGCAGAACCAAAGUCUCCAGAGCCAGGCACUCCGAGGGAAGACAUAAACAUGAACACCACUGCUAACACUGAUCCUUCCUCUCACCAGGAUUAUGUAAAUAAUGUACCUGCUGAGUCUGUCAAAUCAAAGGUAGAUGACCAGGGGCAUGCCAGCGCGGGUCAGCUGAGGGAAGGUCAACAGAAAGAUAGUGCUGUUCCAGUAAAACCCCACAAACCUAGUGUUGUUCAUUUAGUGUCUGACCCAAGUCCCACUCUUGACCCGAACUGCAAUGAACCAGGUUUGCCAUGCCUGUGCUGUAAUGGUUACUCGCCUCAGGACAACAACAGCACCUACAACCUCAACUUCAUCAACAACAACACAGUUACCUAUGGACAACAGCUACAGCAAAAACGUCGGAACAGUGGUGAUGAUUCGCAUCGGAGGGGUACAUACCAAGCUCAGAGAAACCCCAAAGCAGCACAACCACAGUGCAGCGCCCCAGCUUGCACAGAGGGAGACAAAACUGAAGAGAAUGAGGACACAGACGAUAACACCCACUGCGAAGGAGAAGAUGCAGACGAAGACGACGCCCUCAUUCCCUCCUGCUGGGACUGUCCACCCUCCCUCCUGGAAUUCUCUCUUUCGUCUUUUCCCUCCUCUUCCUCCACCUCCAUCAGCGGGUGCUCAGAUCUCGAAUCAGACUGCCCCGACGCCAUCUCGCUCUCUUGCCAGGAUUUCCCACCCGAGCAACCCCAUGCAAUCUGCCCCAUGGCUCCCCAACCCCAUAUUCCCUUCCUGGAUCCCCACCCCACUCCUCUUUCUCUCCAGUCUCCCUGUUCCCCGCAUGAAGGCCCUCCCUCUGCUUACUCCACUCCCUCAGAAUUCCCAGAGGGCAAGUGGCUGUUAGGGCAGGACAGCAGAGAGCCGGAUCUAAGGAACCUCCCAGACGCUGUGGAUGACCCCAGAAAAGUGUGCCUCCAACAAACAGCUCAGGUGGAUCACUGGGAGAUGGAGAGUUACCUGGGAUUAAGAGAUGAUCUUGGUCAUCUGGAAAGACUGGAGCAAAUUAAUAAACAGAGGAAGAUUUCCCAUACAGAGGGACUUAAAGAUGCCAGUUUGGGUGACGCAGAUCUUGCUGAGGGUGGAAACAUGGUUGAGGAUGUAGAUUUGCCAUUUUGCAGGGGCCGUGCACGCAAUCCCCUGGAUUUUUCGGACGCUCUGGUCAACUUGUCUGCGUCCUCGUUUUUCGAUGAGCGCCCCCUUCCAGACUCACUUGUCUCCUCCCCCUUGCAGCCUCCUCAGGAGAUCUCCAAACUGUCCCCGAGUCACACAGACAUGCAGAUGUUCACAUACAUGAACAUGAAUGCCAGCACACCGACCCCACCCACCACAUCCUCCACCUCCUCUUCCUCACUCUCGUUCAGCGGCGUCUCUCCAUCUUCUUCCUCACCCCCUUGCGAGAUAGAAUGGGCCGGUCCUUUGCUCUCUCUUCCUCCAUCCCAACCCAUCCCUUACUUCACCUUUCACUCCUCCACCCCCUCCCUCACCUCUCUCGCUCCUCCCGUUGCUCCACCCCGGAGACGGCGCUUAGCCCGGCUGGAGGCCGAGAGGAAUGCUGGUCGCCAGGUUGAAAGCACAGCCCUGCCUCUUCCUUCGUCUGCUUCUCGUAUGCCGCCACCACCACCACCACCACCUCCUCCUCCUCCUCUUCCCUCAGCUGCUCCGUUCUGCCCAGCUCCGCCGCCUCCACCUUCCUCGCUGCGGCCUCCUCCUUCCUUCCACGCCCUGGACGACGAGAUCCGGAAGCUGCUGGCUCUGGCUGGGAUAACCCAGGCUGAGCUGCUCAAACUGAGCCCCGAGCUGGGAGUCGGGGUCAUGGAGCUGCUGGAGCCAGAGACCAGAGACACCUCAGAGGCCGUGAGACCAGCAGAGACCAAUGCACAGGAAAUCGGAAUGGGAUUCAGAGGUAGAAAAGAGGGAAGGCAAGAUGGAGGAAGGAUACAGACAAAGGAGGAUGUGCACAAGGAGGGAGAGAGGGAGGAUAGUUGGAGAGAAGUAAAGGGAUCCGGAAUGGAGAGAAAUGCUAGAGAGCUGGAGAAGGAGGGGCAGAGAGUGAAGGAAAGCAGAGAAACACUCAAGACAACCUCGUUCACUGAGAUGGCCAGAAGUCGUAAGGGAUAUGCCUGUAGCGACAACUCUAGCCGUAAGUGUGGGUAUAGCUGUGAUGCAAGCCUUGCCGCUUAUUAUAGCCCUGCUCAGAGUGGUGCAAAUAACUCUAAUACAAAUUGUCAAAACAACAGUAACUUCCCCUCAGCAAGCACUUCGUCCAUUCCUCCUACAGGGCUCAUAACCCGCCGCCACCCAGAACUGCCUCUGCCUCCCCCUUUGCCCUGUCCAUCUGUCACCGCUUGGCCCACCAACAAAAAUCAGCUGGAGCACAUUGAUUGGUUGAUUUCAUUCUCCCCGGACAAGGACGCUUUAUCUGGAGCAUGCACGGGCAACGGGGAAGUCAAGAGCAGCCCCCAGACAUUUGCGGCAGGGUCCAAAGUGACGACGUUUAAAGAGCUGCGCAGUCGGAGCAGACAGAACCCCCAGCCCGCUCCGGUCCUCCCAGACCCAGACCCGGACCCGGCGGUCAUGACCCCAGACCCAGACUUCCUGUACAGUCUGAAGUGGAAGACGGAGUACGUUGACGGCGAUGGCAGACAGUGGGAGUACACCCCGCAAGCACAAACGUCUUUCCUCCAGCCGCCAUCCGCGACGUCGGUGGCCGUCCUGAAGGAGGUGCCGCUGACAGCCAGGUGGGAGCCGGAGCCCCGCCCCUCGCAUCUCAUUGGCUUCUCCACCUGCCAGUGCAGACUGCAGACAGGGGCGGCUGAGAGAGGGGAGGGAGAGGCGGCGGUGCGACAAGGAGCAGAUGGCGGAAGGAGCCAGGAAUCAAGAGCAACAGCAGUGUGUAGCCUGUCAUUUAUUGAAUCGGAUCAGAGAGGCGGUGCCUGGGGGGCCAAUCUCAGAGAUGAAGGGCUGUCCUCUCCUGGCUUGCAAGAAAAAAGAGCUCUUCUCAGUCUGGUCAGCGUGGCCGUGGAUGCGAUUCUGGCGCAGUUCAGCUCUGCUCGAACCUUGGUCCAGAAGGUGCAGUCCGGAGACAGCAGGGUGAACCCGUCUCUGGGUCGGCUGGUGCUGCAGCGUCUUUGCCCAGCUCUCCUGGGCCUGCUCUCUGAUGGCCUGAAGCCCCACCAGACUGACCUCAUCGCGGGCAGGAGGCCAAACUCACCCUGGGCACUGGUACAGGCCUCCACCCGGCCAGGUCCCAGCACCCAGGCCUUGUACACCCUGCAGUGUCAAGUAUCCCAGCUGCCCCAGCUAAGGCAGAGCCGGCACAAAUUCAACGCUUUCCUGCUUGGUCUUCUCAAUAUAAAACUGCUCGAUCACUGGAUCGGUCAUCUGCAGUCCUGUGACGAUGUGCUAGAGUCCCACUACCGCCCCGCCUCCUUCAUGUGGCUGUCGCGCACUUCCUGUCAGGCUCUCUUUGACGAGCUCCUCCUCCUGCUGCAGCCCCUGUCCCUGCUUACCUUUAACUUAGACCUGCUCUUCCAGCACCACCACUUCGACCCCGCCUCCCCGACGCCAUCCUCAGCAGGUUACAGCCCAAAAACACCCAGCCCAGCCAGUCAGGCCUGCGGCUUCGGAACCAAAGGGUUAUCCCUUGGGAGGAGUGGUCACUUGGACAGUGCCUCAAGACAGGGCUCUAGGAAUCUGGGAAGCAACCAGAAAGCAAGUCUCGCUGUGCUGGCCAAUACCAGCAAUGAUAGCCUGAAUGGGCUCCCUAAUGGCGGGCCAGUGUUAGGACCAGCUGCAGCCACUAAGGAAGAGACAAACAACAGGUUCCUAUGGAAGAAGGAGGAUGAAACGGCACCCCCUAGAGUUUGUACACUGUCUCAGCAAGCAGGUCAGGCUAUACAGCAGGGCUGGGGUGCAAUUGUGCGCUGGAGUGGGCAGUUUGGGCAGAACUGGGGCAGUUACAGUAAAACAGAGCAUGUGAUGUCUGUGGGGUCCAAGUCCUCCUCUCUGGUUCCGGACCAAAGGUCAAGUAGCACCCUCAUCGGGUCAGACUUGAUUUCCCACAAGCCUCUGCAGGGCCCUCCACCUGAAUGUAAUUCUGUGACUCCGUGGGUUCUGGACAGACUGUUUGGGACAUCCAGGGGACACAAAGUCCCCCAAGCAGAUAAACCUUCCAUUAGGCAUCCAUCCCAUUGGCUGGCCCCGGGUGGCCCUGCCCACAGCCCAGUGAAUGAAGAGAGAGGGGCGGAGUCAGAAGGAGAGAACGAGAGAGGAGAGACCAGAGGUCACCUAAGGUCAGUGCGAACUCUGCGUGACCACAGGGCCCGUGGACAGCUGUACUAAUGUUUCACUGUGGUCCUGGUGGAAGGUGUGGCCCAGAGGUACAGAAUGCUAGCAUUGACAUCCAAAAACUAGAAAAAUUACAGUUCACUAAUAAGAGGCUAAUGAAUUCAUAUAAACGCAACACAAAUAUAAUGCAGGCAUGAGAGAAACUGAAGAGUACUUCCAUGUCCUCUGUCAUCCAGCUAGCUAGCGCAAGCUUAAAAUGCCACCAGGAGUAGUCCCCCC